AUGUGCUGUGAUGCCACUCAGCCAGUGGAUUUGGGAGAGGGGGAGGGGCAAGAGGGGAUAGGCGGAAUGGGGCAGAUGCAGGAGACCGGAGCAAUGGGGGAGAUGGGGGAGAAUGAAGGGGGGCAGAGUGGGGGGGAUUCUGAGGAGGCGACUCAGGAGAAACAAGUAGAGGCAGAGGAGGUGGAUGGUCGAGUGCGGUAUGUGGGACAUGAGGAGCAACAGGGGGAGCUCCAGCAACGGUUUCAAAAAGAGCAACACCAGGGGUUUCAGCAACAGCAGCAGCAGCAGCAUGCGGAGCUGCAACAGCAACAGCAGAAGCAGCAGCAGCUGGAGGUGCCACAACAGCAGGGGGUUGCCGCAGAGCACAGGGGAGCAGCGACAGAGUCAGCAGAGCUGAAUGAAGGCGGACAUUUUGGCAUGGAGAGCAACGGCGGACUUGGUGAGGGCAAGGAGAGCAGCAACGGCGAUGAGGGCAAGGAGAACAACAGCGAUGGUGAGAGGGGUAUUGGCAGUGGUAGUGGCAGUGAAGGGAAGGAUUCUUCACCGUUGGAUCUUCUGAUGCUCGCCCUGUCAGACAAACAGGGUGGGGAUGGGCAGAAGGAGUCUGUGGGACUGCAGGGCACGAUGGAAAGGGGGGAUGAUAAGGAGGGAGAAAGAUGCAUAGAUAGAGGGGAGAAUCGAGAGGAAAAUGGACUGCAGGGUGAUGGAUGUCAAGCAGUGCCUUUAAGUUAUCCUUUUGCUGCUCCCACCACUGCUGGUGCAGCUGCCAACAGCACACCACCCCUGGCGUCUGCCAAUGUUGCUGUUUUAGCUGAAGUGGGGGAUAAGAGCAGAGCGGGGACAGCCACAGCGCUUGGGGGUGAAGCAAACAUGGGGGGCCUUAGGGAGGGGUUAUGUGGGGCAAGUGGGGGAGAAGUGAUUGGGGCAGGGGGAGGUGUGGUGGGCAGCUGUGGGGCUCCGGCUGUGGGUGGGUGUGAUGCUAUGCCGGGUGCGUUAGGGAGUGGUGCGCUUGGUGCUGCGUUUUGGAUCCGCAGCAGUGGUCCGGGCAUGAGCAACGGCACGUGGGGCGAGUGGAUGGGGCCUGCUAGGUCCGGUGAAACGGAGAUCGUCGGCGGGCUAGAUCCGGAAGGGCAUUCAGGCGUAGACAACGAUGACAAUCCCUCGCAUGUUCCUGAGGAGUUCUAA